CUUUUUACUUAUUAUUUGUAAUGUGAUGACAUGUGGCCUUCGGUGUGCCACGAGUCUCAAAAUGAACGCUCCUUAGCAGGCUGACUGUGACCCGCCCCCGCGAACCAGAAACAGCAGAUUCUCUGUGACGGAUAGCGCAGAAGAAAGCCGGGUUGGAGCUGCCCUGGGAAGGCAGGAGUGUGCUGGUGUCAACGCAGAGCAACGCCAUUUCACUACUAGCUAAGGGAACAGCAAACUGAAGCUACAGAAUGGCGGUGGAUAUCUACGACUCUCAGUACCUGCUCAUCCUGGCCCCUUCACUGGUCAUCGCCCUCAUGUUCCUCUUCUUCUGGCUCUUCAUGAAAGAAACCUCCUACGAUGAGGUGCUUGCUAAGCAGAAGCGUGACCUCAAGUUGCCACCAAGCAAGCCAGACCCCCGUAAAAAGAAUGAAAAGAAGAAGAGCAAGAAGAAGGAGAGCUCCAGUGGGGGAAACGGCGGAGGAACCGGAGGUGGGGGGGAGUCAGAGGAGGAUUUGCGGGAUUUCGAUGUGGCUGAAGGUGCCAACAGCUCCACUGUGGAGGUAGAGGAGGAACCUGUGUCAGCUGCUACCCCUGAUCCUGCUCUACCUACACCCACUCCCUAUGUGCCUGUUUCGGUGUCACCAGAGGCUCCUACUGGUCUGAGAGAGAGAAAGAAGAAGGAGAAGAAGGCUGCCAAAGCUGCUGCUGCCGCCGCUACUGCUGCCGCCGCCACCACAGUUUCCCCCUCUGAGGAGCCAGAAGUGAACGGCUCCAAGCCAGUCAGCUGCAAGACAGAGGCACCAUUGGCUGCAAGCAAACAGUCCAGCACACCCUCACCGAAACGUGAGGUUCAGGUCCAGAUCCAAGCUGUUCAGGCUCCCGUUCAAGCUCAGACACCUCCCCAGAUUUCUGGGAAAAAGAAGGAAAAGAAGAAACAAAAAGUGGAGUCUGCAGAUGAGCAGCAUACAGAGGUUAAAGUGGAGCAGGCCCCAGCUACUGUCAAGAAAGAAGCUCCCAUUGUGGCUGAAACCAAAGUUUUAGAUGGUGCAACUCAAAGCGUGACCAGUGGCAAAAAGAAGAAUUCUGCCAAGAAGCAGAAAACUGAUCAUGUUGAUGAAGCCCAUAUUUUGCCAGACUCAGCAGCUUCUGCUAACCACCAGACAGCCCAUAACGAUGACGCACCAUCCAAAGGGUCUGGCAAGAAGCAGAAAAACGAGACUGAUAAGGAGAACACAGAGGUGAAACUGAAGGAGCUGCUCUCCGGUCUGUCCAGCCUGGCUCUGUCAGAUGCAGAGGCCGUCAGUGUGAUGGCUCUACUGCGAGAGAAGAGCCCUAAUGCCGUGGACGCCUGGCACAAGUCCUCAACUAGGCCUGACCCGACUGCCCAGGAAAGGGAAAAGCUUCUGACAACUCUGCAGGAGGAGGCCUCCAUUGCCAAAGACAAAGUGAAACAGCUCAGUCAGGAGCUGCAAGUUGAGAAGCAGAAGACAAACAGGGUGGAAUCAAUGAUGAGGGAGCAACGCGCAGCGAUGGAGAAAGAACUGGGCAGUAUGCAGGUCAAAGCACAGGGCACCUACCAAGAGCUCCAGACAAUGCAAAUAAAGUUUCAGCAGGUGAGGGAGCAGCUGGAAGGCCAGAUCAGUCGAUUGCAGCAAGAGAACAGCAUCCUGAGGGACGCAGUCAGCUCCGCCACCAACCAGAUGGAGAGCAAGAAUUCGGCCGAACUAAACAAGUUGCGUUCCGAGUAUGCCGGCCUGAUGAAAGAGCUAUCAGACAGCAACAGCAAGCUGCAGCAGGAGGAGCACCAGAGGAAGUCACUGGAGGUCAGCUACAAGCAGAACGUGUCCCAGCUGGAGGCACAGCUGCAGGAUGCUAAGCGCCGCUGGGAGGAGCUGCAAAACUUUAUCCACAGUGUCAAUGCCGAAAGAGAGAAAAUUCAGACCUCCAAACAAGAGCUCCACAAUCAGCUGCUGGCAGUUGAGGCUGAGAUGAGCAACAAGAACAAGGAGAUCCAGACUCUACACAGCAGCCUGACUGAAGCUGUGGUCUCCAAGGACCGGCUGGAACAGAAAGUGAGGGAGCUGAUGGAAAUGUCCAAGCACAGUAUGCAGGACGACUCGCUCCAGGCCCGAGUUCAGGCCUUGCACAAUGAGAACAUGUCACUGAAGGCAGAGAUUCAGAAUCUGCAGGCACAGAUUUCUGAUCAGGCCACUCAUGUCUCCCACAUUGAGGAGCUGCAAAAGCUUUUGGCUGAAAAAGAGCUGCAGCGAAAAAGUCUGGAGGAUUCUCUAAAUGCUGAGAGGAGCAGUGGGGCUAGUAGAGAAACUAACAUGCAGGCCUUGCACAAUGAGAACAUGUCACUGAAGGCAGAGAUUCAGAAUCUGCAGGCACAGAUUUCUGAUCAGACUGCAUCCCAGCUGGCUUUGGACCAGUUCCAGAAGAGUGUCCGGGAGAAGGAGGAAAACAUGAAAACUGUAGAGGGCCUGUUGGAGAAAGGGUUGAUUGAGGUGGCCAACAAAGAGGAGGAGCUUAAGACUGCAAGGAAAGAGAAUGAGUCACUUCAACAAGAAAUUGAGGACCUUAAGAAAAAGAUGGAUAAACAGGUGUCUUCAGAGCUGAUGGUGGAAGAACUCCAGAGCAAGAUCCAAGAAAAGGAAACAAAGCUGAAAAUGGUGGAGGAAAGUCUACAGGCAGCACAAGACAGCAGCUCGGCCAGAGAGAAGACAGUUGAGGCUCUGGAGCAGCAGUUGGCUGCCUUGCAGGCAGAGAUGGAGCAGCUGAGACAGAAGGAGACAGCAGAAGCGCUGACCAGCUCUGCUACUCAGCUCCAAGAACUCCAGGCUCAGCUGCUGGGAAAGGACCAGAAGAUCCAGACACUACAGAGUGAGCUGGAGGCAAGGACGAAGGAGCUAAGCGAGAAGAUUCAGCAGCAGUCCCACACGGUAGUGCCAAGCCCUGAGCUCCUUACAGCGUUGUCAGAGAAGGAGAAACAGGUCUCCAUUCUGCAGGCUGAGCUGGCUGAGCUGAGGAACACCGUAAACCUUCAAAGGAAGAAGAAUGAUGAGCUUCGGGAGAAAAACUGGAGUGCAAUGGAAGCUCUGUCAGCCACCGAGUCCAUGCUUCAAGGGAAACUCAGCAAAGCUGUCAAGGAGAACCAGACAGCGCUGGCUGUAUGUCAGGCUGAGUGCCGAGAUGUUCUGCACAGACUUCUGCCACAUGUGCCUCUGCCUUCUGAACAGAACCAUCAAGAAUGGCUCCAAAGAUUUGAAAGGGCAGCAGGUGAAAACUCCGCUCCACAAUCCAGCCCUGGAUCAGGAGACUCGGAGGAACUGGCUGAGAAACUGAAAGAAGCUGAGGAAACUCAAAGGGUUCUACAGAAAGACUGUGAGACGUACAAGAAAGUUUUGGCAGAGACAGAGGGCAUCCUGCAGCGCCUCCAGAACAGUGUGGAGCAGGAGGAGUCUCGCUGGAGGGUGAAGCUGGAGCUAUCGCAAGCAGAACAAAGAGAGAUGAGCCAGAAAGUCGCAGCUUUGGAGCAAGAGGUUGAGAGACUAACUGAUGAAGCAGAGUUGGAAAAUCUGAGAAGAGAAAAACAGCACUUGGAGUCUGAGUUGGAGAGGGCGGAGCGCGAGAGUGCCACUUAUGUGACAGAAGUCAGAGAGCUCAAAGAUCUGUUGACUGAAUUGCAGACCAGACUUGAUGGCUCAUAUACAGAGGCUAUCAGACAGAAUGAGGAGCUGACUUUGCUGAAAACCCAGCUCACUGAGACGCUGUCGAAGCUGGAGGCAGAAGAAAACGAGAGGCAAAAAGUGGCCGGUGACCUGUAUAAGGCCCAACAGUCUGUUGAUCUGAUCCAAGGGGAGCUCUCAAAAGUGACAGACAAUGCUGAUGACUUGAUCGAGAACAGCAGUCUGUCAUCACAAAGAGAGGAGAUUGACAGAAACGAGAAAAUGACUGCGGGAUUGGGUCAGACAGUCACCGAACUGCAGCAGCUGCUACAAACUGUCAGCCGGCAACUCACUAAGAGACAGGAGGGGGAGGCUGGUAAAGAUCUGCCCAAGGUAUAGUGAGACCCCCACGCAGCCACCCUGACUGUAUUACAGAGACCACCUUUGACUUUCGGUCUCAUCCUGACCACAUCACAGCAUACUGUCACACCCAGCCACUUCCUCCGUUUCAACCUCUAUCACUGCACUUGUACUGUAGGCAGCCUCAAACUGACUCUGGCCAAAACGCUGGCAAACCACUCCCAGACUCACUGCUGGCCACAGAGGAGCAGGCAGAGGUUACAGUUAACUCCAGGCACUAUACCAAAAUACACACUAUUCCACUCCCACCACAUUCCUCUUCUUUUAGCAACAAUGCCAGUUAAUUUUUAUUCUAAACUUAAUGACAUCCAGCAUAAUUUAAACUAUGUGGAAACCAUUCCUCUGUUUUAAAUUGCUUGUAUUUUUCACUGAAAUCCUUUUGAGUACUGCAGUAGUUUUGUUGUUAUUUGUGUUAAGAGAGAGCAGUGAUACGAAUUUCCAACUCGACUAAACAAACUUUGGUUUUUCAGUCCUUUUCUUCUUAACUUAAAGAUAUGUAGUGUUUAAAUGUAUCAGUUAGGACCUGCUGAAAUACACUAUGUUGUUGAUCUGUUUUCCUCCUGAGCAGAAAACUAUCCAACUGUGCAUCCAUUAUGCAUUUAUUCAUUCAUAGCUCCAUGUUAUACCUUGGCUCAGUACUGGGUGGGAGAAGGGAGAUCAGAAGAGGUCUCAGCAUAUCUGAAGGGUCACUACGUGACGGUAACUAUGGAGAUGCAUGGACAAAUUGUACUCAAGUCUGUACUGUAGCUCCAAACAGAAGGGAGUGUGUGUGACCCUGGCUGUGUACGGCCAGGUCAACAGUGUAGGGGUUUUUAAUCCUACUGCAACUACUCUAGGAAUAAGCGUCCCAUAUCAUCUGUAAUCAGCACUCGCUAUAUUGUUGCUAAGAUCAUUAACACUGAAGAUUUUGUUCUUUUUGUAACGGGUGAUGUUAAUAAAAGGGAUGCUUGAUAAAUCUG